AUGCCUUCACUUGGCUUGGCUCUCGUGCUGCUGGUCUCUUUGGUCUCUCCGACCAGCUCCUGCACCGAGCAGGAGAAGAGCUCCCUUCUCCAGCUCCUCGCCGGGCUCUCGCAGGACGGCGGCCUCACGACGUCGUGGCAGCACGACACCGACUGCUGCACAUGGGAAGGGAUCACCUGCAACCAAGAUAGGAAGGUCACUGAUGUUUCGUUGGCUUCUCGAGGCCUCGAGGGGCCCAUCUCGCUGUUCCUUGGCAACCUCACCGGACUUUUGCGCCUCAACCUUUCCCGGAACUUGCUGUCUGGUGGCUUGCCACUGGAAUUAGUGUCAUCCAGCAGCAUCCUUGUUCUUGACAUCAGCUUCAACCGCCUCACAGGAGGCCUGAGCGAGCUGCCAUCUUCAACCCCUGCGCGGCCUCUGCAGGUACUCAACAUCUCAAGCAACUGGGUUACAGGCAUAUUACCAAUCACAACAUGGGAGGUGAUGAAGAGCCUGGUCAUUCUUAAUGCUAGUUCCAACAGAUUUACUGGUCAGAUACCAACUACACAAUGUGUUAGCGCGCCAUCUUUUGUUGUGCUUGAGCUCAGUUUCAACCAACUCAGUGGGAACAUCCCUCCAGGACUCAGUAAUUGCUCGGUGCUGAAAUUGAUUGGUGUUGGCUACAACAACCUCAAUGGCACGCUUCCAAAUGAACUCUUCAACGUAACCACGUUAGAGCACCUCUCGUUGCCUAACAAUAGGUUAGAAGGAGCUCUCGAUGGCAUUAGCAAGCUCACAAAUCUGGUCACCCUUGAUCUUGGCGGGAAUGAGCUCAGCGGCAAUAUUCCAGAGUCUAUAGGUGAUCUGAAGAGAUUGGAGAAGCUGCAUUUGGAACACAACAACAUGUCAGGGGAGCUGCCAGCAGCUCUAGGCAACUGCACAAAUCUUGUAACAAUUGACCUCAAGGCAAACCAAUUUAGCGGAGAACUUACCAAGGUCAACUUCGUAAGCCUGUCCAAUCUAAAAAAACUAGAUCUUCUUUCCAAUAACAUCACCGGCACAGUUCCAGAAAGCAUAUACUCCUGCAGCAAGCUGACGGCACUACGGCUAUCUUACAAUCCUUUCCAUGGUCAAUUGUCAGAAAAAAUAGGCAAUCUGAAGUCCCUCUUAUUCCUAUCACUUGCUAAUAACUCUCUUACAAAUAUCACAAGAACACUUCAGAUGCUUAGCAGUUCCAGGAGCCUCACCACCCUUUAUAUUGGGUGCAACUUCCUGCAUGAGACCAUGCCAGAGGAUGUCAGCAUUGAUGGUUUUCAGAAUCUCCAGGUUCUUUCUAUAAAUCAUUGUUCAUUGUGUGGAAAAAUACCUGAUUGGCUAUCAAAGCUACCGAAUUUGGGGAUGCUAUUUUUGCAAGGCAAUCAACUAACUGGACCGAUACCUGAAUGGAUCAGCAGCCUAAAUUUUCUCUUCUCUCUAGAUAUAUCAAACAACAGCCUUACAGGGGAAAUUCCAAGGUUCUUAAUGGAGAUGCCAAUGCUAGAAUGA